AUGAAUGGAUGGUCCAGUUACCUGUUGGGAUGGACGACCUUCCUCCUCUAUUCCUAUGAGACACAAGGAAGUAAGACAGACGAAUGUGUCUUUCCCUUCACCUACAAGGGGUCUGUUUACUUCACUUGCACCAAAGUGGGGGGCUUGUCCCCGUGGUGUGCAACCAGAGCGGUGUACGACGGCAGGUGGAAGCACUGCAUGAUCGAAGAUUACCCGCGGUGCGUCUUCCCCUUCAUCUACCGGGGAAAGUCCUAUGACAGCUGCAUCACAGAGGGCAGCCUGUUUGGAAGCCUGUGGUGCUCAGUUACCUCCAGCUUUGACGAGAAGCAGCAGUGGAAGUUCUGUGAAUUGAACGAGUACGGGGGCAAUUCUCUCAGCAAGCCCUGCAUCUUCCCCUCCAGCUACAGAAACAGUGUGGUCUCUGAAUGCAUCGAGGAUGACAGCAACAAGCUCUGGUGCCCAACCACGGAGGACAUGGAUAAGGAUGGAAAGUGGAGUCUCUGUGCGGACACCAGAAUUUCCUCACUGGCUCCUGGCUUUCCCUGCCACUUCCCCUUCAAUUAUAAAAACAAGAAUUAUUAUAACUGCACUAACAAAGGAUCCAAGGAGAACCUUACGUGGUGUGCGACUUCUUACAACUUUGACCAGGACCACACCUGGGUGUACUGCUGAUGCCACGGGAGAGGAGAAACAUCUUCAGAGUAAGACUGCUGUAUGGAGGCCGGAACAUGCUUCGUUUUUCUCAUCUCAUCUUUCAAGCUUAAACAAUCACCUUUAGAAACACCCUCUCCCUCACCUCUUUUAAU